CAAAGAGAAAAUGGCAAAGAUGGAGGUGAAGACAUCUCUUUUGGACAACAUGAUUGGGGUUGGGGAUAUGGUGCUUCUCGAGCCGCUCACGGAGGAAUCCUUUAUCGAUAAUCUCAAACAGCGUUUUGAUCACAGUGAGAUAUAUACUUACAUCGGUAGUGUGGUGAUAUCGAUAAAUCCAUACAGAUUGCUGCCUAUUUAUUCCCCAGAAAAAGUGGAAGAAUACAGAAACAGAAACUUCUAUGAACUCAGACCUCACAUCUUUGCCCUGUCAGAUGAGGCAUACCGAUCUCUGAGAGACCAAGAUAAAGACCAGUGCAUACUUAUAACUGGAGAGAGUGGAGCUGGAAAAACAGAGGCCAGCAAACUUGUCAUGUCCUAUGUGGCGGCUGUUUGUGGUAAAGGAGCAGAAGUUAAUCAAGUGAAAGAACAGCUUUUGCAGUCUAAUCCGGUGCUUGAAGCAUUUGGAAAUGCCAAAACCGUAAGGAAUGACAACUCAUCGAGAUUUGGAAAGUACAUGGACAUCGAAUUUGAUUUCAAAGGUGAUCCGCUUGGAGGAGUUAUAAGCAAUUAUCUAUUGGAAAAGUCUCGUGUUGUUAAACAACCAAGAGGUGAAAGGAAUUUCCACAUUUUUUAUCAGAUAUUGUCUGGAGGAUCGGAAGAUUUGCUCAAAAAACUUAAGCUGGAGAGGGACUUCAGUCGAUACAACUACCUUAGCCUGGACUCUGCAAAAGUGAAUGGAGUAGAUGAUGCCGCAAAUUUCAGAACGGUUCGGAAUGCCAUGCAGAUCGUGGGGUUUAUGGACCAUGAAACGCAGUCAGUUUUUGAAGUUGUCGCGGCCGUCUUAAAACUGGGAAACAUUGAAUUCAAACCUGAAUCUCGAGUGAAUGGUUUGGAUGAAAGUAAAAUCAAAGAUAAAAACGAGCUCAAAGAAAUAUGCGAGUUGACAGGCAUUGAUCAGUCAGUGCUGGAGAGAGCCUUCAGCUUCCGCACCGUUGAAGCCAAGCAGGAGAAAGUCUCUACAACCUUAAAUGUGUCUCAGGCAUACUAUGCACGGGAUGCACUGGCAAAGAAUCUUUACAGUAGACUGUUUUCCUGGCUUGUUACCAGAAUCAAUGAGAGCAUUAAGGCACAAAUGAAAGUAAGAAAGAAAGUCAUGGGCGUUUUGGACAUCUACGGCUUUGAAAUUUUCGAGGAUAACAGUUUUGAGCUCAUUAUUAACUACUGCAACGAGAAGCUGCAGCAGAUCUUCAUUGCUACCUUGAAGGAAGAGCAAGAAGAGUACAUACGAGAGGGUAUUGAGUGGACGCACAUUGAAUACUUCAACAAUGCUGUAAUUUGCGACCUAAUAGAAAAUAAUCAGAAUGGAAUUCUAGCCAUGCUGGAUGAAGAAUGCUUGCGGCCAGGAGCUGUUACGGACGACACGUUCUUAGAGAAGUUGAACCAGGUCUGCGCCACUCACCAGCACUUCGAGAGCAGAUGAGCAAAUGGUCGCAGCUUCCUGAACGACACUUCCCUGCCCCACUGUUGCUUCAGAAUCCAGCAUGCUGGCAAGGUGAUGUAUCAGGUAGAAGGAUUUGUCGACAAGAACAACGACCUGCUUUACCGCGACUUGUCCCAGGCUAUGUGGAGGGCCAACCACUCUCUCAUUAAAGCACUCUUCCCAGAAGGAAACCCGGCCAAGAUUAACCUAAAGAGGCCCCCAACAGCAGGUUCACAGUUCAAGGCUUCCGUGGCAACCUUGAUGAAGAACUUGCAGACAAAAAAUCCCAACUACAUCAGAUGCAUUAAGCCAAAUGACAAAAAAGCAGCACAUAUCUUCAACGAGGCUCUAGUUUGUCAUCAGGUCCGGUAUUUGGGUCUGCUGGAAAAUGUUCGUGUCAGAAGGGCAGGAUAUGCGUUCAGGCAACCUUACGAGCCUUGUCUAGAAAGAUACAAAAUGCUUUGUAAACAGACAUGGCCACACUGGAGAGGUCCUGCCAGAGCUGGUGUAGAGGUAUUGUUCAAUGAGCUGGAAGUCCCUGAAGAAGAAUAUUCCUUGGGUAGAUCAAAAAUAUUCAUCCGCAACCCAAGAACACUCUUCAAAUUAGAAGAUCUGAGAAAACAGCGCCUUGAGGAUUUGGCUACCCUGAUCCAGAAGAUCUACAGGGGCUGGAAGUGUCGCACACGUUUUCUUCUCAUGAAAAGGAGUCAGAUUGUGAUUGCUGCUUGGUACAGGAGAUAUGCACAACAAAAGAAGUACCAGCAGAUCAAGAGUUCUGCCAUUGUGGUGCAGUCUUAUAUCAGAGGAUGGAAGGCUCGAAAGCUGCUCCGUGAACUCAAGCACCAGAAACGCUGUCAGGAAGCUGUUACGACGAUUGCCGCUUAUUGGCACGGAGCUCAGGCGCGAUGGGAGCUGAGGCGGCUGAAGGAGGAGGCUAGGAAUAAGCUUGCUAUUGCUGUUAUUUGGGCUUUCUGGCUUGGAUUCAAGGCUCGAAGGGAGUUGAAACGCUUGAAGGAAGAGGCUAGGCGUAAGCAUGCUGUUGCAGUCAUUUGGGCUUACUGGCUUGGACUAAAGGUUCGUAGAGAGUACAGGAAAUUCUUCCGGGCCAACGCUGGAAGGAAGAUCUACGAAUUUAUACUUCAGAAAAUUAUGCAAAAGUAUUUUUUGGAAAUGAAGAAUAAGAUGCCUUCUUUAUCGCCAAUCGAUAAAAACUGGCCAGCAAGGCCUUAUCUCUUCUUGGAUUCAACUCACAAGGAACUGAAGAGGAUAUUCCACUUGUGGAGGUGUAAAAAGUACCGGGACCAGUUCACAGACCAGAAGAAACUGGUUUAUGAAGAAAAACUGGAAGCUAGCGAACUCUUCAAGGACAAGAAAGCUUUAUACCCAGCCAGUGUUGGGCAGCCUUUCCAAGGGGCUUACCUCGAAAUCAGCAAAAACCCCAAGUAUAAGAAACUAAAAGAUGCCGUGGAGGAAAAAAUCAUCAUUGCUGAAGUAGUAAACAAAAUCAACAGAGCAAAUGGAAAGUGCACUGCUAGGAUUUUCUUGCUCACAAAAAACAAUGUGCUGCUUGCCGAUCAGAAAUCAGGGCAUAUCAAAUCAGAGGUUCCUCUAGGGGACGUCACUAAGGUGUCCAUGAGCUCCCAGAAUGAUGGCUUCUUUGCUGUGCAUCUCAAAGAGGGAUCUGGAGCAGCUGGGAAAGGGGACUUCCUGUUCAGCAGCGACCACCUGAUUGAAAUGGCCACGAAGCUUUACCGCACCACGCUCAGCCAAACCAAGCAGAAGCUCAACAUUGAAAUAUGCGAUGAGUUCCUCGUUCAGUUCAGACAAGACAAAGUGUGCGUCAAGUUUGUGCGGGGCAACCAGAAGAACGGCAACGUGCCCACUUGCAAGCGAAAAAACAACCGGCUUCUCGAAGUUGCUGUACCUUAAUUUAUGCACACACUCUCCCUACAAUUCUCCAUAAUGGUGCAAUUUUACUCAUUUGCUGGGGGUGUGUGUGGGAUUUGAGGGAGGGGCAGUCUGCUAAUAGGUGCGACUAACUUAUUGACCCCCCCCUUUUUUUUUAGUUGUUACAGCUUUUGGUUGAUUUUUAUAUACAGGCUUUGUGUGCUGACAGCAUAUUAUAAACAGAAGGAUGCUUUGUUGCAUAUAAUUUCUGUGGUCAUUCCUUACUUUUUAACGGCGCAUAUCGUAAACCCCGUACGCUUUCAUGGCCCGUUCCUCAUAUUUAUUCUUUGGAGCAGAAUCCUUCGCCGCAGGCUAUAUAGACCCAUUUCCACCCAACCGUAUUCUGUGGCAGAGCUCAGUCCAAAGGGUUAAUCAUAAACCAGGACUGGAGAGUCUGGCAAAAUUCUGGGGCUGCUGCAGCUACCUUGUUAAUUGCAAACAGCACAAAGCACCAUGUAAUUUGAUCUUUAAUGGAAUAUGUGGGGCAGGAAACCCUAAUUCUGCAAAGCAGAAGGAAUGUACGACUGCAUAUGUAGCAGCUGCAUAUGGUUUUUUUUUUUUUUUUUUAAUUUACAGUGCGGGUGGGGGAACCUAGCGUUCUGCAUCAGGCUUUUUAAUUGCCGGCUUUUAAUGACUUAUAAGACUAGGAAGCAGAAAGAGUCCAUUAAAGAGGCAAGAAGUGCGUUAAACAGUUAACAAUAGCCACACAACAGCGCAAGGCGUCUCUUUUGUUCUCUAUGGGGUCCCCCACCCCUCUUUUAAAACAACCCUUCAAUGUUUAAAACUCCUUAAAAAGCAGUUGUUUGCAUGGGGAAACGAGAGGGCAAGGUAUUUUACACUACGUGUCAAAUGAAGGGAUAGAGGAAUUUUCUCUCUCUCCCCCAGAUGUUGGCAUGCGUGCUGUACAAUGUGCAAUAAAGCAUUCAUACAACUUGUGAAAAUUAUUUAUAAUAACUUCUGUGGGUAAUAAAAGAUGAGAGAUCCUGCGUAUUUGUUGUGAGGACUUAAGUUAGGCUAGUUCUAUCUUAAUGUUGAACGUUAUCACUUUGGAAGAAGGGGGAAUCAUUUCGGUGGGGAGGUAUGAUGUACAUAAAUUUGAUAUUAAUGAUAAAUAAUUGUUUUAAUUCUGUGCUGUUUGGUACUCUUGUGAUAACCAUAUUUUUGUAUUUCAACCAGUUUUAUAUAAGUUUGUGUGCCUGAUAUGUAAUGUGUGCACAGAAACACUUUACAAUCAAGAACUGCAUUCUAAACUUCCUGAAUGGAGAUUGCAGCUUAAAGCCUUGUAUAAACCAGGAGAAUUAGCUGAACGCAUUGAUUAUGGAGUAUUGUUUUCCAGUGUUUAGACAGAAGUUAGCUAAAAGAGAUCGUUGAAUGUGACUGUUUGACUUGUUGAUGUAAGGAUGGUUUUAGAUCUAUUGUAUUCUCAGACUGAUGCAAGAACUUGCCGUCAAGGAGAGGUUUCUGCACAAUAUGUGCAAUGCAAAAAACAAACAAACCCAAGUAUAAAUAAAGAGAAGCUUUGAAGCAAUG